AACAGAUGAUUGAACGCGUUCGGCGGCGCGCGGCGUGGCAUUUAUCUGUCAAAAGCGGUGGCGGCCGGCCGAUGAACAUUGUGAUGCGCCGCCGGUUGACGCGCGUCCGUUGACCGUUGAACCGGCGAGACGUGGAUCUGCGGACGCUCCGAAGCUCUUUACUUUUCCCGGCUCCGGUAACGACGGCGGGCGACGGGAACGUCGACAGUCGACACACGACGGACGGCGGCGACGACGCGGCGGGAGAGCGAGAGAGCGACAGAGAGGGCGAGACGCGCGAGAGACGAGCGUGCGGAGCGGGCGACCUUUGAAUAACCGACGCGUACGUUUAUUAUUAUGUGAUUGCGGAUUGCGCGCGGGUUCACGACGGCAUAACGAGGCAGACGACAGGAAGAAAGCUGUAGGAAAAUGCGGAGCACCGACGUUUUCUGCUAUCUCAUCGUGGCGACUCUCGCCGUUCUGAGCACGCUCGGUCGUGCAGAGAGCAACGACGAUGCACACACAUCGAAACCGUGUAACACUUCGGAUCUCACCGAGCAGUGCGGUAAAAAUCAGAGGUGCCGUGUAACCAGCAAUGGCAAGCAGAUGUGCGAGUGUCAACGAGAUUUUUAUUUUGUUGAUGGUGAAUGCAUUAGGGCAUCAACAUCCACGAUGACAAACGUCGACGUUACCACCCUCAAGCCAGAGCAUAGGUCUGAGUCAGGAGGUAGCUCUGUAGCCGCCGGUCUGCUAAUACCCACCUUCCUUAUAGUAGUCGGUGUACUACUGUACUUCGGCGCGAGACGAUACAAAUGGUUACAACGAUUUCGGCAGUAUCGUCACAAUCGUUACGGCAAUGUCAUAGUCACGAGAGACGACGAUGAUGACGACGAUCCACCGAUAGCGUAAAAUGAUAAAUAAAAUGUAAGGGAGAAUUAUAGAGAUAUGCACAGGCCGCGUGUACCAAACGAUCAAACUUGAAUAGGUGCAGUGUAUGCUUGUGUGCUGAA